UGGAGAGAAACUAUACCUGUUCGUCCCAAAGCAGGAGAAAUUUAUGGGUUUACAAUUUCCAGUGACAAAACAUUAAAAAAGCAUUUGCGAGCAGAUGUCUAUAUGUGGAGGAACAAAAAAAGUUGUGCAUUAGGAAAUGGUUUAAUCACUAAGACAUAUUUUUACGCAAGAGUUGGUAAAACAUAUACUAACAAUUUUGAAAAGCAUGAAUAUAUGUUGCAAAAUGGAAAAAAAGCAUUGAUUCAUUACUUGGGCAAUGAAAAAUCAUAUGUUGAUAGAUGUCAUGGAAAUUCAACAAAAUCAAAAUCUUUUUUUCACAGAUCAUCGCAUUAUGUUUUUGAUCAAGUUUUGGCUCAAGGGAAAAAUAAACCCAUGGAUGCAUAUAGGAGCCUUUUAUCAAAUGACCCAGGUGGUCAUAUUUCAACUUCUAUUAUUUCAAGAAAUCCUAAACAGGUUGCAAAUAUUAUGACAAGAAAUGCUGAAAAAAAUAAUUUUCAUAAUAAGGAUGAGGUUUGGAAUAGUCAUCUUGUUGCGUAUUCCAUUCAUCCAUUUGUUCGAAAAAUAGAAAGCUACCCAGACAUCUGUAUUGUUAUGUGUUGUGAAAAAAUUGUUACACAAAUGGAAGAAAUGUUAGAAUUACUACCUUGUAAAGAAAUUACACUUCACUAUGACACAACUUUCAAUUUAGGAAAUUAUUAUUUGUCAUGCUUAGCUUAUCGACACGUUUGUUUGGAAAGAAAAAGGAAUAAAUACUUAUAUUCUUCGCCUACUGUUCCUUUUGCAUUUUUUAUACAUGAAAAAAGGUUAGCACAAAAUCACAAAUACUUUUUUCAAACAUUAAAAGAAAAUGUUUGCGGAAAAAAUUUUAAUAAAUCCAGGAAGUUAUUCAUUUCUGAUCGUGAGUUUGAUGGCUCCCAUUAUUUUGAUAAUACAAAAAGUUUGGUAUGUUGGAACCAUUUAUUGCAAAAUGUAAAGGAAUGGAUGGGAAAGAAUGGUAAAUUUUCAUCAUCAGAGUAUGAUGAAGCUGUAAAAGCCAUGAAAUACAUUCUUCGAUCAAAUUCUGUUUUUGAAUAUGAAUCAAGACUUAAAAGUCUAACGAAAGGAAAUAUCAACCCUUGGAAUGAUCAAAAAUUUCAAAAAAACUACAUUCAAUACAUGCACUCUGAUGUUAUUUCUCGUGCUGCUGCAUUUGUUUUAGCAGAAGAAGGGAUAAAGUGCCCAAACUUUGGUGUUACCAAUAAUGCGUCAGAGUCUUUAAAUAAAGUUAUUAAGGAUCUUAUUGACAACAAAAUAACAAAAAUGGACUCUUGCAUUUUAGCUAUGAAUUAUCUCAGUGCCUAUUUUCACAGAGAAGUUGAAAAGGGAUACUAUAAUGUUGGUUUGUAUCAGUUAAGUGAUGAGUUUGCCUUUAUGUUAAGAUCAACAGAUGAACUUAGCGCUAAUCAAAUCAUCCUACCAGAUGACAUAGUAAAGCAUAUAAAAGAAACUGAAAUACAUUACAAAGAUCAUAACAAUAUUUCUUCUCCUUAUGCUUCUAUAGAGAUGUUAGUUGAAAAACCAGUUAAAAGUGAUCUUCCAAAACUUGUUUAUUCAAUAUCCUCAUUAGCAAAGGAUAUAUUAAAUAAAAACGGAGUUGUAAUUGUUCCCCAAAAUCGAAGUUGGUCAGUGAAAGAAUCAGAAACAAUUAUUCAUUCUGUAAAUUUGAACCCACCUGCACAUUGUACUUGUGGUGCCUCGAAAAAAUGUGUUCACAUUUUAGCAGUUCAAUAUCUCUCUGGAAAUGUAAAUAGUUUAGAACACUUUGAAGGGAAAAAAAGAAACUUAACUUCACUUAUACAAAAAAAUAGGCUUAAAGUUGAGAGAAAAUCAGGCAAAAAAAACCCAAGGAAAUGUGAUAUUGAUUCGAAUUUAAAAACAUUGAAUUUUUGUGAACUUGCAGUUCCAAAAAAUGAAAGUUUCAGUAUAAAGCAGAAUGAGCAAUCUACUGUGCCUGAAAUAAAAUAUCCUAUUCCAAGAGGACUUCAAUGGGGUGUUGGUUUGGUUUUAAACAGUUGCACAAUUGAUAACACUUUAACAAUGUUGAAGUUGCGUUGCCAUGCAGAUAAGUACUUUUUAAAUCGCCUUGGUACUUCAGAAGCAGAAAUAGAGCUUAAAAAAGCAAUGAGAUAUUUAAAUAAUGAUGAUGACAAUUAUGGUAAAGAAAUCUGGGCAUGCUUUUUAAAAAGUAAAAUACAAAUUACAAGCUCACCUUGUUUUAACUUAUAUGGAUCAUCUAAAACAUUUUUUUUCAACCACUUUAAAGAAGCAUUUACAUUCGAGAGUGUUGGAAAAUGUUUUACAUGUUUAAAUAGUUCUUUUCAUCCUUUUGAUUUUAUAGAACUGCCUCCAAACCAUGACCCAACAGAUUAUUUGCUAGGUUAUUUGAAAGAUAAAAGAUUGCUUCUAAAUUGUUUAGUUUGUGGCAAUAAAGAAUUAAAUCACUGUGGCACGACAUUAAAAUCUCAAAAUACUUGGAUGAUUGUGAUUGAGUGUGAUAUUCCUAACAUUUCAAUUUCUUCGCUGAUGAAUUUGCCAAAAAAAAUUUUAAUUGAAAAAUGUUACUUUUCCUUGGCAUGCAUAACUCUUGGACUUAAUGCUCACUUUACAUCUUUGCACUACAUAAGAGAUCAAUGGUUUUUUUAUGAUGGUAUGCAAAAAAAUGGAAAACUAACCAAGAUGAUACCAUAUAAUUGGCAAAAUAAAGUUGCAAACCAUGUCAUUUAUCUUAUUGAUUAAUGCUUUUUGAACUGAUAUGAAUUGCACUGUAAAGUUUUAAGAUUUUAGAUUCAUUUUUACUAUAUAGUGAUAAUAUUAUAACUAACACGAUAUAUUUAUGUUUUAUAAUAAAAAAGUUGUGUUUUUUUAUUUAUUAGAGUAAUUUCUGUUAUUUAUAUAUAGCUUUUGAAACACUUACAGUGAGUUUGCGAAUAAUUUGAAAGAAGUUUUAGUUAAAAUUUUCCUUGUGUUAGAUAUUUUUUUAUACCCAUUUGUUUUCAUAUAGUAUUUAGUUUUAAAUACUUUUAGUAAUAGUAGAAAAGAAAAUGUUUUUAAAGUUGUUGCUUUUUUUAUCAAUA